UGUUGGCAUUUAAUUAGAAUGUUUCACUUGGGAACCGCGGAGGAACUGUUCCUUCUAAAAGAUUCAAUUAACGAAGAAAUUCCUUUUUAGGAAUGAUUAGAAAGUUCUCCAGAGUUCUUUUAUCAAUUAAGAUGGAACUAUGAAAUAAAAUGCAGUAUUUGUACUCGAAGGUUUUGUGUAACGCAACGAAUAGAAAGUACGUCUCAUGCGAGAUGGCAGAAGCUGGUUCUUCUACAACAACAAAACGUAAAUCUACAACUGCUAGCAGAGAAAGAACGAAAGCUAAACAACAAAGACGAAAUUGCACUGCGAAAAAAUGCCCUUUAAAACGUGCCGGUUAUUUUUUAUUGGGUCCAAGACUUGGCAAUUCACCCGUACGAAGUAUAGUUCAAUGUCUGGCGAAACGAGACGGAACGGACGAUUUUUAUUGCUUAAAAAUGUUGACGAUCGAAGAGCCAGGCCACGAAACGCAAGAUGACAAGCAAGGGAAGAUGUUAUUACACACAGAAUAUUCGCUUUUGUCGUUAUUACAUGACCAGGAUGGUGUCGUCCACCAUCACGGCCUUUUUCAAGACGAAUUUACUGAGGAAAUUCACGAAAGAGAUUUGACUGGCAUACACAGGACUCAGCGCGUUCGUAAGAGAGUGUGUCUAAUAUUGGAUUGUCUUAGCCCUCAUGAAUUUAGUAACGUCACUUCGGAGUUGAUAAAUCUUCAACAUUAUGUCAUCAGGGAGAAGAAAUUAACAGAGAAAGAAGCUAUCGUUAUAUUCUACGAUAUUGUUCGCGUUGUCGAAAGUCUUCAUUCUAAAAAUAUUGUGCACAGAGAUCUCAAGUUGGGAAAUAUUGUACUAAAUCGUAGCACAAAGAAAAUCACAAUCACUAACUUUUGUCUUGGAAAACAUUUAAUUCGGGAGAAUGAUCUGUUAAAAGACCAACGUGGUAGUCCAGCCUACAUAAGCCCUGAUGUCUUAAGUGGUCAGCCAUAUUCAGGCAAGGCAAGUGACAUGUGGGCUCUUGGUGUUGUAUUAUAUACCAUGUUAUAUGGUCAGUUUCCAUUCUAUGAUAGUGUACCUCAUGAACUGUUCAGAAAGAUCAAGGCUGCAGAAUUUGCCAUUCCAACUGACGGACGGGUGACAAGCUCAACGAUGAAAUUAAUUCAGUCAUUGUUAAUAUUAAAUCCUAAGAAACGGCUAACUGCAUCACAGGUUGCAACUGUUCUUCGUGAAACAAUAAGAAAAUGGUACAUAUCACGUACAUUGUUAUCACCAUCACAUGUUGUCCCAGACAUAGAUGACCUACUUGAGAAUGACUGCAUUCCGGAACACCAAAUUGCAGAAAGACAAAGGGAAUUUGAACGGAAAAUAAAUCAACUUGAAGGUGAUUUUACAAGACAUGAUAAUAGCGCUCCGUUUAUACCAAGGCUUGGUAACUUGCCCAAUGUACGAAGGCUUGGUCACGAUGCGAAGAGGCUGACCGCGAGCGAGCUGCGUUCUAACCGUCAUCUGUUUUGAUGUGAAUUUGUGGUAGGAAAGUGGAAGAAAAUAAAGUUUUCCCUUGUCAAUUUGUGGUAGGAAAGUGGAAGGAGAUGAAGUUUUUCUUCUGUGAAUAUGUGGUAGGAAAGUGGAAGGAGAUGAAUUUUUCCCUUGUGAAUUUGUGGUAGGAAAGUGGAAGGAAAUAAAGUUUUCCCUUGUGAAUUUGUGGUAGGAAAGUGGAAGGAGAUGGAUUUUUCCCUUGUCAAUAAGAACGUGGAAUAUUUUAUAAUUGAUUUGACAGAAAUCUUUCAUGGUAAUGAUUUACCAAUGAAAAUGGGAAAAUUGCCCUUGUCGGGUGAACAAAUGAUCGACAUUGCGUACAAUGUGGGAUAAAGAAGUACCGGAAGAAGACUUAAACUGACGAAAAAGGAUAUGUAUGGAUGUCGGUAGCGUAGCAAGACUGCAAAUUGAGGUUAUGAUAUGUAAAUAUCAGAUAAACAUGAUUUCUUUCUUUAGAAGUCUGUUGUUUUUUACAGUUACUGCAUGAACACAUAGCAGGACCACAUUAGCUUGCUGGCUACACCUUUAGCGGAUUCACAUUACGAUUAUCAAAUUUUGUCUUUUAUGUAAGUCUUUAAAGUGUGUGCUUCUAGAAAUUGUUGUAUUUUUACUAGACCUUUCAAUGGUGAUUGAAUAGCCUUGUGCCAUAACAUAUUAUAAUUUCUGGAUUCAGAAUAUUUUUUUAUUGAGACCAUAACAACAUUAAACGUGUAUGAAAACUGUGAUGAAAUAUGUUUUAAAUAUUUAUGUAUGUAUCAUGUAAAUAUGUUUGAUAAAUAUCUUUA